ACAAUGUUUGUGAUUUUGUUAGAUGAAGAAAAAAACCAAAGCCGCAAUUCUUGCCUCAGUUGCAUCUGUCCUCCUUGUGGGGGUUGCAUUGUUAAAGAAAUUACGACGUAGACGUAGAGAACUGCCUAGGGCGCCUUAUGUUAACCAUGCCGCCGAGAGAGAGGAAUACAUAAAUAGUGUUUUGCAUGGAAGUGAGAGACAUUGUGUGAAUCAACUUAGGAUGAAGCCUAUAGCUUUCCACCACUUAUGUCACACCCUCACUGAGGGGGAGCACGUACGUCCGACUGUUCACAUGUCUGUUACGGAGCAAGUGUUCAUUUUCUUGCACAUUAUUGGUCAUAAUGUGAGGUUUCGUGUAAUGGGUAGUCGGAUCUAUAGAUCAACUGAGACUGUUCAUAGAUACUUCAAGAUUGUCCUUAGGGGGGUCCUGAAAUUAUAUAGAGCUCUAAUAAGACUGCGUAGCGAAGAUACACCUCCAGAGAUAAGGAAUAGCAGAAGGUUUUACCCAUAUUUUAAGGAUUGUGUUGGAGCAAUAGAUGGUACACAUGUUCGUGCAUCUGUGCCACCUGAAAUACAAGGAAGAUUUCGUGGUCGCAAAGAUGGAACCACGCAAAAUGUGUUAGCUGCCAUUAGUUUUGACUUAAAGUUCACUUAUGUGUUGGCUGGAUGGGAAGGCAGUGCACAUGAUUCACGUGUAUUAAAUGAUGCAUUUGCUAGGACAGGGGGAUUUUCAAUUCCCAAUGGUAAAUUUUAUCUUGGUGAUGCUGGGUAUGGUAAUAAAAAUGGAAUAUUGUCACCGUAUCGGAGUGUACGAUAUCACUUGAAAGAGUUUAGUGAUCGUCCUCCUGAGAAUGCGCAAGAAUUGUUCAACCUCCGACACUCUUCAUUGAGAACUACCAUUGAGCGAGGGUUUGGAGUGGUGAAAAAACGUUUUCGAGUGUUGGAUGCAGAACCAUAUUGGUCUUUCCCAACCCAAGUGAAAGUAGUGUUAGCGUGUUGUGUGGUUCAUAAUCACAUUAUGGGGGUUGAACCAAAUGACCAUAUUAUGGAAGAUGCAAUGAACCAAGUAGAGCUUAGUGACCACCAACAAGAAACACAAUCCCAUCGGGAGUCCGUCGAAGAUAGUAGAUCAUGGAAUGCUAAGAGAGAUGAGAUAUGCCAAGCCAUGUGGUCUGAUUAUAUCAGGAGUGGAGAGUAGUAUUUUAUUU